GCUCUGUACUCAGUCGCAGAGUGAAACAGGAAGCAGCUGAUCGCUGUAGCUUUGUUUUGAUUUUCGUGUUAGAUUUUUUCUGCUUUUGAGUUUUCAGUAAAACUCUGGGUUAAUUCAGCGCAGUUCAGAUGAAACAUGGCUCAGGACCUGUGGUUGCAGAAUUAUGAUGCCACUUGCCGACUGGCCCAAGAAAUCGCAGAGAACAUCCAUGAGCGGAACAGACUGCAGAGAACCGGUGGGAACCCUGCCAAGCUCAACAUGACUCUAAGAGCGUCGCUGCAGAAGCUGAAACAGAACAUCUUACAACUGAGGGAGACACUGGUUCGAGCCUCAUCACAGCGCCGCAUCAUGCAGUCGGAGGCGGACAGGAGGCAGAACCUGGUGGAUGAUCUGGUGACGAGAGAGAAGCAGCUGUGCUCCACGUUCAGCCGGGACGGCACUGACCCCGAGCCCUCGCGGUCUAGUUUGAUGUCAGGUGGAUUUGGGGCGGGGACAGGCGGAGCGGGGUCGGUCAACCCCUGGCUGGUGAACGAAUCAGAAGAGACGAAAGGCCUGACGUUUGGAGAGAUCAAACAACAGCAGCAACGCGUCAUUGAUGCUCAGGAUGCUGGUCUGGAUGCUCUGUCCGCAGUGAUCAGCAGACAAAAGCGGAUGGGUGAGGAGAUUGGCAACGAAUUGGACGAGCAGAAUGAGAUCAUCGAUGACAUCACUCAGCUGGUGGACAAGACAGACAGCCGCAUCCGCAACGAAACACGAAGGGUUAAACUGGUGGAGACCAAAUCUGCAUCCUGUGGUAUGAUGGUGGUGAUCGUGCUGCUGCUCAUUGCUAUUAUCGUGGUGGCGUCGUGGCCGACAUAAUGAAGUGAAGGAGGCGUCAGGAUGAGUUUCUGAACACAGACUGUUUUAGAUCUAAUGUAUAGAUGGGGCUGCACUGAACUGACCACACACACACACACACACACACACACACACACAUUUUAUAUUGUAAGGGGUACUACUGUUUCAAAAAUGUAAUGAAGAAUGAAAAAUCCGGUACCUGGAAUCCUGUUAUUUCUUCCUGAGAGAAUCUGCUCUUCAUGUUUUUGGGAAAACAAAACGCUGUUUGAGAAACAUUAAACAUUUUUUUAUAUCAUUUAGUUCAUUCUGAAUGAAUCAUAUGCAGGUCUGUGUGGGUAAUUGCUACACUGUAACUGUGAAUAAAGCACUUUAAACAAGUGCUUCUCUGGAUAAAAGACCUGAAGUAGAAUUCCAGUGUUCUAUCAAAAUGUUCAAUCUAUUUAUUCAUGGAUGGUUUGGUGUGAAAUUCUCUGUUUUAGAGAACCUUACAGAAUUCUACACAGUGUGGGUGAAUGUAACCAGAUGUCUGAUCCUCUAAAAGCUCCUCACAUAACAUUUUUUUAUUACACAAAUUAACAGUAAAUGCACUGUGUGAUGCCUGAAGCCCUGAAUUACCUUAGUGUUUUUUUAAGAAUGUAUUUGACCUAAAAGUUGCAUUUAAAACCACAUAUUAUGAAUCAGAGAAAGGAAACACGCAGUAUUCCUAUUCUACCGUCAGCAGCAUUCCAUCUAAAACUCCAGAAGAUGUGUAGGUUCAGUGGUCUGUUUGUAUGGUAAACCAUAAAACGGCUAUAUUUCUGUUGUAAUCUGUUUUCAUUCGUCACCACUGUAGAGAAAUUUGAAAUAGUUGAUAAGUUUCUCUAUGAAAAACCUGAAUUUCACACCAUUUAUCUUUCAAACACGGAUUUAUUUUUUCAUUUCUCUUUUAUGUAAACCUGCACAUUUUUCGCACAUUACUCAAACUACUUCUGUGAUUAUUUUCUAUAGUCAGUUGAAAUAUCAGCUGUUGUUACAUAUAACCCAAAUCAACCAAAUAACUAAACAAUGAUUAGAUUUGCUGUCAUGGCUCUUUCCUGUGAUCAGUGGGGAUCAGUCUGAUGCUCACUCCCAGUUUCUAAUAAAUGUACAUUUACAUUUAACAACAUGCUUUUUGUUUUCUGUGUAUUAUAAUAAAAAAAAAACUCAACAUU